UCGUCGUUGCUUGCUCAACAUUUGAGCCCAGUCCAUGUCCCUGGAACUCGACUCCAGCUAUAUUUGGAACGAGGGGUCCAGGCAGCUCAAUGGCUUCAAGGUCGUCCGACCAGUUGAGACGCGUCGCACCUUGACACUUGGCCCCUUGCACCGGAGACUCCUACAGCCAUAGUAUGAACAGAGGAUGAAAUUAAGGCUAUUAAACCGCUUAUGGCUCAACUCUCAGGCUCUUCCCGUUACCAUCCAAGGGCGUGGACGUUCCAGGUUCGUGUUGCGGCUGGCAACUAGAUUCUCAUGGCCAUCACAGGCCGAGAACCGGGACUUUGCCAGAGGGACACAUGAGGAUCUCCAAAACUCAUACGGCCCACCUGCAUCCUGAACUACAACGAGCUUUGUUGGGUGCUUUUAUACACGACCUCAUACUGUCUAGCUUCCAAAGCACACAGCAAAUUCCUCUGGUGAUGCGUAAGUCACCCUCUGCCAACGCACCUCUCUCAAAGCUAGCGUCCACGAAUGCAGGCUCUCUUCCGGAGCUCAUCCACGUGAUUUUGUGGGAAGCUUUCCUGAGCGUCGCAUAUCCUCACCGCACCUAUUUUGAUACGGAUGGCAGAACAUCCCCUGAUGAUUUAACAACGUUUCUGACAACCGUCACUGCUGUCUCCCGAACUUGGCGGGCAGCCGGGCUGAGGGAAGCAAAGUUUUGGGCUGUCAUUGAAGCGCGGUGGCCCUCGAAGCAACAUCGAGCUUGGCUCGAACGUUCUCGGGGUGUGCCGCUAGAAAUUCGGGGUAGACUAAGUGAUGGUCCACUUGAGGACGAUGAAGAUCGACCGAUAUUCGAUUCCUCGGAUCUCAUUGAAGUGUCAAACCGUUGGGGGACUCUUAUCCUUCAUGACAUUGACUCUAACGUCUUCCCUGACCUCUUUCAUACGGCUCGCGAACGUCCUCUUCCAUCGCUCACUACUUUACAGCUUGUUGGGACCACUGAUUGGGGACAUGAUCCCAUGGAAUUCGGACCAGUCAAAGAGAGAACCGACAUGUAUCCCGCAUUGCGCAACGUCAACCUUCAGCACGUACGACUUUGUCACCUUCGUUGUUUGACGACACUCGUUCGAAUGGAAAUGGAAAAUGUUUAUAGUGACGAAAGGGUGACGGCGAAGGAAUUUUUCGCUCACGCCCCAUCCCUCGAGGUUUUCAAGAUCGCUUACGCAUACUUCGAGACGGAUGACGAAGAUGUUUUCUCAAGCGAGGUGGUGAUGGCACCAAGCCUGCACACUCUCGUAUUGGGUUGUUCGGUUUCCCUGUAUUUCCAAUCUGUUGCCCUCGUCCUUGCGAAUUUCCCUUCCCUCCGGACGCUCUAUUUCGUGGAGAAUAGGUUUCAGUGGAGACUUCCCCAGAACACCGCUCUGAUAGAGCCUCGGAAGGCUCUUGUCGCACUUCUGAACAGGACGCCCCUGGAGACGCUUGCCCUCGAGGGAUCUGCGAAAUUCUUAAAUGAUGUCUUGUCCAAAACUAUCUGGAAUCAUCCCCUGAACCACUCUCUUCAGCGUCUACAUUUAGUGGUUGUCGAACAAAGAUGCACUUCCCGGGAACCCCUGGCACACACCAUCCUUCAGCUUGUCGAUAAACCAGGGUGUUCCUUAACACACAUUUCGAUUCGGGGGGAUGGAGGACUUCUCGACGAUGUUCGUGACCACCUAGCCCGAGGCGAUGGGGAAGAUGAAGGUAAAGAGUUGUCUCGCCCACAGGUUAUUGUUAAUGCUGCAAAAUUUGUGGGGUAAGACGCCGGGUUAUGGUGAGAUAACACGCUUUCCUUCCCCACGAGUAGCUUCUCAGGCUCAUCUUAAACAUGAUUUGAAAUACUUGAUUGCGAUGGGUAUUUGAUCUGAGCUUAGUUCCUGGAUUUUGGUUGCCCUGAAGUUCGAUCAAGCCCCUCGGAUGUAUCAAUAUUUAUGCUGUUGACGUCAUUUACUCUGGUGCCGUUAUCAUGCUCGUGACAGGCCCCACAUUGUAUAUAGACAGUCGUCUGGCCAUCCUGAUGUGAUUUAUCCUGACAUGACUUCCUAUUAGACGAAAUGUUGGACUAGCGAGUUUAUCGCUCAGUCCCGUUGUACGUGAACUAGAA